AUGCCAUUCCUGCAGGACGAACUUAAUGGUGCUGCUGCAAAUGGUGCUGCUGUUAAUGGUGCUGGUGCCACUGGUGUUGGUGCUGGUGCUGGUGCUGGUGCGGCUGGGAAGGGUGCUGCUGGGAAGGGUGCUGCUGGAAGGGUUGAAGCAUGGGAGGAGUGGCGCCGUGCACCCACCUUCUCCACCCGCCUUCUCCUGUUGCUGCUUGUUCCAGCCCAAAGGAAGUGCGAGCAGCAAGGAGCGGCAGAGGCAGCCAUUGGGAAGGGUGUUGCUGAGAGGGUGUUGCAGGGAGGGGUGCUGCUGGACUGGGAGGGGUGCUGCUGGACUGGGAGGGGUGCUGCUGGACUGGGAGGGGUGCUGCUGGACUGGGAGGGGUGCUGCUGGACUGGGAGGGGUGCUGCUGGACUGGGAGGGGUGCUGCUGGACUGGGAGGGGUGCUGCUGGACUGGGAGGGGUGCUGCUGGACUGGGAGGGGUGCUGCUGGACUGGGAGGGGUGCUGCUGGACUGGGAGGGGUGCUGCUGGACUGGGAGGGGUGCUGCUGCAAGUGCAACUACUGAGUGCAGCAUGGGACGAGCACCCGUCAUCUCCACCGCCUGCUGCCCUUCUCCUCCCGCCCCUCGUUCCGCCUCCAGCUGCCAACGUUCUCACCGAGGGAACCUCACCAGGUGAUAGCUCCUCAAUCUCCUCAAGAUGA